UUGUCGCGAAUCCUUCUUGAUGUCUUUGACUUUGUGAACUGAUCUAUCACACCACUUCCAAAACAUCUUUACACUGUUGUAUGGACCGGAACCGCUCGACAAACUAUGUCUCGUCACCGACUACCGCUUCGGUACUGAUGCAAUUCUUGGAAUUGCGAUAGUAGCAAGCCAUCUCACUCGCCAUGGCCAACGCCAAAGUCGAUAACGCGGACACAGACCAGGACUCCGACUCACGAAAGUACGAGGAAAAACACGUCCACGAGGUCUACGAGGAGAUUGCCACCCACUUUUCCGAGACUCGGUACAAGCCGUGGCCCGUGGUCGACGAGUUCCUACGAAACUUACCGCCUGGGGCCGUGGGUUUGGACAUUGGCUGUGGGAACGGGAAGUACCUGGGUGUCAACAAGGAUGUUUUCAUCGUGGCGUCGGACAGGUCGAAGGCGCUUGUUGACAUUGCGAGACAACGGCAGCCUCAUAGUGCUGUUGUCGCUGAUACGUUGAGUCUGCCUCACCCUAGGGGUGUUUUUGACUUUGCUAUCUCGAUAGCUGUUAUACAUCAUCUGUCGUCGAAGGAGCGCAGAGUCGAUGCGAUAAGGGUGAUCCUUGAGACUCUACGAGAACCUUCAAAAAAAGAUGAUGGAGGGCAGGCGUUGCUCUUUGUAUGGGCUCUCGAACAGAAGAAUAGUCGACGUGGGUGGGAUAGAGGGGACCAGCAAGACCAGCUGGUUCCUUGGGUAUUGAAGCCUACACACAACACCAAGCCAGAAAGUUCGCCCACCACUUAUCAUCGGUAUUACCACUUGUACCAUGAAGGUGAACUCCAGAACGAUGCAAAGACAGCUGGUGCCAGGAUAAUCAAGUCAGGGUACGACCGCGACAACUGGUGGAUCAUCAUUGGUCGACAAACAUGACAUCUUUCAGGAGCAUAGUGCCACUGUGCCCUCCUGGAUGAGCAUCAUAUCGAUAUUAUUACAGGUCCUUGCCUGCGCGUUAUAGAGGACCAUGUAUGCGCAAAAUUCGACCAAAGGACAAUCAUGAUAAACCGAAACUUCAAUCCUCGCGCCCGCCUGAUGUAGAAAACUCGCUCAAAGUACGAUGCCAACAAAAAGAUAUCAUCAAAAAGGGGACUUCCGGUCUCUGGAGUUACUG